UAUUUUUUUUACUUUUUUGAGUUGGCAUCCGUUGUGUGUCAUAUGCAAAUAUAUUUUAACUUAAGUGAAGUCUUGGAGUAUUCACUCUCCACAUUGGAGAUAUAAGGACAGAGUCAAACCUUUGUGCUAACACUAAGCAGCAAGUUCCGACCAGCUAACAGGUUUACCUCAGAUUCAUUGGACGUGGAGAAAAGGGACGUCUUCAGAACAGCCGUGUAAAAAGCUCUGCUUGGCUUUCGGAUGUUCAAUUGGCUUUCGGCCUCGCGUUGUAAUUUUCUAGAAGGUUGACAAAAUGCCAUAAAAAAAAAAAAAAAGAGAAGCAUUUGAGGUCUUGUUAUAGUCGUGGACAUUGAAACUAAUUUUGUGGUAGCAAUAAAUCAAGGAACUGUGAUUAGGCUUUAUUAUCUUGUAUUACCUUAGUGCAUUAAUGUUUUUGUUUGCUUGUGUAUGCUUGUGGGGUGGGGGAAAUGGUAGUACUAGUACCAGUAUCUGUUUGGCUGUUCCAUGGGUGCAGACUUGGACUGAUGUGUAAUUUGGUGCAGAUUAUGUGUGAUGCCAAUGUGCCUGUGGCUAAAAAAAAAAAAAAAAAAGAGGGGGUAGGGGGGCAUCCAAAUCCACAUCUCCUCAUGAAGAACAUUUGAAAUGUCAGCUCAGCAUUGCACUGAAUUACUAUUCACUUCGGUUGUCCUUAACUGCAAACUUUAUGAUGUACCCUCAAACAAGACCGACGCAAGGGUCAGGAGUUUGUUCUAACAGCCAUGAAUCUUGUUUUUUUUUUUUUUUUCUACCACGCCGUCACUCGGGCACAAACUGUUGGUGCUGCUUUUUUAGACAAUCUUGUGUAAAAAGAAGAAAAAAAAAACAACAACCCACAAUCGACUUGUCCUUCCUGUCAAAGUGAUUUGAUUUUUUUUAUUUCCUCCAGUGCUCAGUUUUCUCAUGCAGGUUGUCAUGUCAUCGAAGCACUUGCACGCGUUUGUUGUUUUUUUUGUUUUUUGUUUUUUUUUGACAUUACCAGAAAAGAGUGCCCCUCUAUUUUCUAAAACGUUUCAGUAAAUGUAUAGAGAUAUAGCAAUCAACAAGGAAGGUUUACAUGGAAAUGAAUCUUUCAACGAGUCGCAUUCAGCAAGAACUUUGAGGAUACAUUUACUUCUCUGAGAGAAGGUCCACUGUUCGAAAGACAUUAAGCUGAUUUUAAUCACACUGCUUGAACAAUAACCUCCAAAAGACACUCCUUCACACGUGAUCUGUGUGGUUCGAGCCUCUCCAACAUGGCCACUCGAGAACCAGGAACGGAGAACUCUCAGGAUUUCUACUGAUACACAGUACUGUAUUUAAUUUUGUUUUGUGAUGUGUAAUAUACUGUACUAUAGGUUUGCUGUACUUGCACAGUUUUCUAAACUUAUGUUCAGUUUCUUUUAUAACUUGAAAAACAAAAUAGAUGUGAUUUCCUUUUUCUCGUCUCAAGUGGCUGUUUUAUUAUUUUCUUUCCUUAUGUGAUUAUCUAAUUUGUUAUUGUAGUGUAAUCCUCUUACGAGAAAAAAAAAAAAGAUUACCUGCACGAGUGCUAAAUUAGAUUGAUUUUGUCCUGCCCUGUUGUACAUUAUUAGCUUUUGUAACAUCUUGCUACAUCUUUUGAUUAUUUUUAACACCAGUCUUGCCAUAACAACAACCUAAAACAAACUGCUUUCUGUGUCAUAAGAAGCUUGUUCAGAUCUGCUAUACAUAUUCAUUGGUGCUAUUCCAUUGUUUUAAUUUCCUUUCCUCACUUUUACUUUGAAAUAUUUGUUUUUUCUUUGGGUUUCAGGUUAUAGUGGUUGUUGAGCUCAACUGUGAACUUCACAUUGCACAUAAAUGAAAAGUAAUAAUAAUAAUAAAAAAAUUAUUAAGAUUGAAGUUUAUUUGUUUUACAUUUGACAAGUGAGUCAUGACUGAUGGAUCUAGACGAGAGAGAAAGUCAAAUGUAGUGGGCCAGCCUCACUCAGGUCCUCCACCAACAGCGAUAAGAGGAGAAAAGCCCUGCGGUCAAACGGUGCAACAUGUGACUAGGCGUCCAAUGAAGAAGGCUGCGGCUCAAACUUGUGUCUUUCUUUCUUUCUUUCUCCGGGGCUCCCAGACGGUCUCCAGCCGCGCUCGGUGAAAGAAAGAUGCCGCCUGCUCCGGCAGAUGUGUUGGGUCCCAAGCCCGUGGACGGGGGCUGGGGCUGGAUGGUGGUCCUUGGCGCCCAUAUUUCCAUUGGAUUUGCAUAUUCCACUCCCAAAGCCCUGUCCAUUUUCUUCAAGCCGAUCAAAGAAGACUUGGGGGCCAGCUACAGUGAAAUAGCAUGGAUUUCCUCCAUCAUGCUGGCUGUAAUGUAUGCAGGCGGUCCGGUGAGCAGCGUGUUGGUCCGUCGCUUUGGAAGUCGACCAAUGGUCAUGAUGGGCGGACUGAUGUGUGGGGUUUCUAUGGUAACGGCCUCAUUUGGGAGCUCCAUCGUUUACCUCUACCUUUGCAUUGGCAUCAUUGGAGGCUGGGGACUCUGCUUUAACCUGAACGCGUCUCUCACCAUCAUCAGUAAAUAUUUCCUCACCAAGCGCCCGUUGGCCAACGGCCUGGCCAUGGCCGGCAGUCCGGUGUUCCUCUGCUUCCUGGCCCCGCUCAACCAGUAUCUCUUAGGACACUUUGGCUGGAGAGGAAGCCUGCUUAUCCUCGGGGGUGUGAUGUUAAACUGCUGCGUUGCGGGGGCCGUAAUGAGACCUGUCGCUCGGCACUCUGCGCCACUGGAGGAAGUGGACCGGUCAAACAACGCAAAGUCGAAAGGCAGCCGUCUGAAAAAAGUUAAGACCUUUGUGGAUCUGUCGUUCUUCAAGGAUCCGGGCUUUGUUAUUUACCUCGUUGGAAACGUGAUGUUCAUCUUCGGCGCCUACGCGCCCAUCGUGUUUUUGUCGGCGUACGCAGUCAGCCGAGGCGUAGAGGAGUACUCUGCCGCCUACCUGCUCUCCGUCAUGGGCUUCGUCGACAUGUUUGUUCGGCCUCUCACGGGGCUGGUAGCCAACAGCAAGUGGGUCAGGCCGAGGAUCCAGUUCCUCUUCAGCUUCGCCAUGGUCUUCAAUGGCACGUUCCACCUCCUCUGCUCCCUGAUGACGACCUACCCGCUGCUGGUGGUCUACGCUGUGUUCUUCGGAGUGGGCUUUGGGAUGGUUUUCGCACUGAUAUUUGAAUGCCUCAUGGACCUGAUGGGAAACCAGCGCUUCCCCAGUGCUGUUGGACUGGUGACCAUCAUAGAGUGCUUCCCCAUGCUCUUGGGACCGCCGGCUGCAGGGUUACUGGUGGACAUCUUUGAUGACUACAAGUACCUUUUCUUCAUGUGUGGAGGAGUGAUCACGACUGGUGGGCUCUUCCUCUUCGUCAUGAACGUCUAUAACUACAACAGGUUGGAGAAAGCGAAUAGAGGAAAAGAAACAGAGCAGAACCAGAACUCUGUGGAGAACCAGGAGCAGGCGAGCGGCUCAGAGGCCCAGAUGGAACUGAUGGACUCUGAGGUGAAAGAGACGAACACGGCCCUAACACAACACUCACAGUUGGGUAGUAACUAGCUACAUUUACUCAAUUACAUUUACUGGAGUAACUAAAAAAGAAAAAGAAAAGACAAUUUUAGAAGUACUUUUACUACACUUCACUUUUUACUUUUACUUGAGUAAUUUUAUUAUGAAGUAUCGUUUUUCUUACUUGAGUAAAAUUUCUGGAUUCUCUACCCACUGAAUAAAAAUAAAAAACAAACUUGUUUUAAGCAAUAAAUCACCAGACAGACACACACCUGCAGUUUUUUGUUAAAGUUUCAUAAGGUUAUUUUGUCCAAUGAAUUUGAUUUGGAAAAAUGUUCUUCUUUAAUUAUUAUUAUUAUUAUUUUAUUUCAUUUCAUUUUUUGUUAUCUACAUGAAUGAUGUUCAUUUUCAUCCUUAAAAUACCCCCAAAAAAUCCACAUAUUUUUAUAUUCUGAUCCGUCUGAAAAUAUGAUUUUCAAACAUUAAAUGAUUGAUCAUGUAAUCUGUUACACACUACUUGAGUAGACUUUAUACCAAAUACUUUUUUUUACUCUUAAUUAACUGGACCGGUACUUUUUACUUUCACUUGAGUAAGUAUAUUUUGCAGUAGUGCUGCUCUUUUGGGUACUCUGCCCACCGUAUAGUUUAACUCAUGCUUCAUUGUCAGCAGCAUUAUCUCAAACAUUGGAGAAGUCAAGCCUGUAGUGUUAGUGAAUAGUGUUUAUCCUGAUUUUUCUUUGGAGACUCUGUGUCUCCAUUACACCAACAUAUCGGUUCUCUAACAGCGAUCUAUGGAGGAUUUGCUGAAUUUGGGCUUCGUGUCCCGUCAAAUUUAUAUCAAAAGUAAAACUAAAUAUGCUCUCUAAACAGCAGAUUUAGUUAAAAACUGCUAUUUGAGAUUUUACUCACUCAUUAAUUAAAAUGCUGCAUUUUUUCCCCCCACAUCUCCGUGUUUAUCUGAUCUUUACCCGUCUUUGCGACAGGAUCCAGUCAGUUCCUCUGUUUCUGUAGAAUUUGUUCACACCCACUGACUGAGCCUGUUGCUAAGAUACCUCAAGACGACAGCCAUAUUUGGAGGGACAUGAUGGAAUUUUGAAGUAAAUACAGGAGGUGUGAUGUCAACAGAUUUUACAAUAUUCUAUGGUUUUAUUUUCCUAUCUUAAGUUUAAGGCGGUUUUUCCUUCUCUGUCUGGAAUAUAAAGCCGCAUUUUGUGAUCCUGUUACAUGUGAGGCAGUGAGAAUGAAUAUGUUUAAAAAACAAAAUAUAUACUGUUAGGCUUUUAAGACAAUUCCCUAAAUAUUGGAGAAACAUUUACAUAAUUUAUAGAACUGUGAAAAAAAAAAGAAUUGAAUUUCUUCCUUUUCAAAUUCAUUUGAUCACUUUAAUAUUUUCUUGUCUAGGUCAUAUACUGUAGGAUACCUGCUGAUUAUUUCAUGUUAAAAAGGAAAUGUGUGCAUGUGUUGCAAUCUAAGUGGCAACACCAACUUAAAACACAUAAAACCUUCAGCUGGUUUUUGUUUGCAGAACCUCAAAAAAAAAAGAGAAACACUAUUAACUAAAUUGUGCACUCAUUAGAAUUUAUGCUCAAAAUAAAAUAAUUUUAUUUAACUUAAGUACUGUGCCAUUUCAACUAAUAAUGUAAAUUAUGAGGAAAAAAAAGACAAACUACCAACACUAAGUAGUGGUGGCAGCAUCAACAUCAUCGUCUUGCAUUGCCUGAGUAACAUCCCAGUCCAGACAGAGUCCCUGUCCAACAUGGCGGGUCACUUAUACGCAGUGUUUCAUUAUUCCAUGUUUAUUAGUGUGUCAGAUUUUUUUGCCCCCUGCUUUUUCAUUGUCUGUCGGUGCAUCUCAGGUGUGGACCAAAAGCAGGCUGAGCUUUAUGUGUGAUUUUAAGGUUUAUGUGAAAUAUUAGCACAUUUUAGCAUUUAUCUUUAAGUGUAUUACAAAAUUAGUUGUGUGUGUGUGUGUGUGUGAGUUUUUAUUAUUGUUUUACAAUUCCUCAUGGAAUUAAAAAGAUUUAUUAGAGCAAUGAAAAUGAAUAUUGUCAGUGUGUGCAUCCUCUGGAAAUGGUAAACACGAGUUAGCCAAGGACAUUUUGCACAUGUGAGGGUGUUUUAUGCUGUUCAACAGGAAAAUGUGUAUUUAAAACAUUCCUAAAUCUACAAUGCUGUAAAAAGAAAAAAAACAAGUUUUUAUGUUUUUGCUUUUUUUUUUUUUUUGUCUCACCUCAAUAUUUUAGAUCAUCAAAUAAGUUUGAUUAUCAGAGAUAAAAAAAACAACAACAAUUUGUGUAAGUAAAUAAAAAAAUAAAAGCAAUGAUUUCGCUGCUUUGAAAAGUGAAAGAAAGGGGAAGAAGAACAGCCGCGCCGCUGGCCUCAUGGGAAAAAAGUAAUUGUCCUCUAAACCUAACAACUGCUAUUGAGCUCUUAUACAUUGCUGCAGAGAAAUUAUUCUUUGCAGACAUGUUUUAAUUUAGCAACAUUAGAGGGUUUUUGAAAUCUUUUAAGAUCAGAACAUCUCGGCUUAAUGUCAGAUCAUUCUCCCUACUUCAUGUUGCCAGACAGCUUCCAUUUAUGUGACUUUUUUUAUUCUCUAGGUCUGACCCGUUGAAACUAGACUCAGCUUUCUCACAGACGUGGUUAGUUGCAGUUAAUUCAUGAUUGAAAAGUAGGGAGGUAAAUACUUCCUUACACGUGGCUACGAAGGUUUGGUGAGCUUUUUUAUUUUAGAAAAAUAAAAACGGCAUUUUCUCUGGUUGUCUUUGUCUGCUGUUGAAAUGUGUUUAUUGAUCUGAAACCAAACAAAAAGAAAAUCUGUAAGGGUGCAAAUACUUUUUGCAGGACUCUAAGCUCCAGGGUUUUGGUCAAGAUGGCAGCUUUUCUAUUGUUUUAAUAAUCCCUAGAAACAUUUUCAUACAUGUCCAGUGUUUGUAUGAACGCUGUCCACUGUU